CUGCCCUUCCUGCUUAGGAAGAAAUGGAGGCAGUAGUGAAGCUGUGGAGAGCAGGUACCUAGGUCCUUGUGACUUCACUGGAGGUGGGUUCAAAUUCACUUUCUCCAUCUCUAGCUCCUAACUCCCUGCCAUAUUGAUUUUGAGAGGUAGUUAAGAGCAGUGUUUGGGCAAGUCCUUUAACUUCUCUAACCUUGUCCCCCCUCUGUGAAGGGAAAAGUUAUGGCAACCAGUUGGCCAGGGCUUGGUCACUGUGGCUUAUGUCCUUGGGGCACAUCUCUUCCCACCUGGACCGAAGCACUCAGACCCUGGACAGGCCUUUAGCAUCAUGGUUCCCAGUGCUAGGAAUGCCCGUGGUGUCCUUAGUUCAACUUCCCUGCUGCAGAGGGGCCUCAACAGCUCUGCUUGACUGAGGAAUGCCAGUGUUUGUGCACACUUUGCAGUUCUGAUGAAAAUAUUUGGCUGAGAACAUCUGUAAAGGAAAAGCCUCUUUCCUGUCCCUCAGGCCUGGUCUGCUUGUCCUGAGGCCUCCCACCUGUGAGAAGAGAGCGGCUGUGGGUUGUUGACUGGUUGGAGCAGACAGUAGGAGGCUCACCACAAGCCCCACCAGGACUGCAGAACUGCCCGCACUCCGUCUUUAGUCUCAGCUGAGCACUUCAGACAGUUGAAAGCACCAAUCGGACUGGCCACCUGGUGCCUGAGGAUGCCACUCAUAACCUCUGUCCUUCACCCAGCCAGACUCCAACUUUUUCCAUUUAGAAACAGACCGCUCAUUCCUUCACUCUAACUCAAGUACUGGGAAUCACACAAACUGGCCUUACCCUGACCUGUCACCCAUCACAGCCUGUUCCCACAUGUGCUGUCUCCUGGGCCAGCUCCAGACUCCAGGCACAGCAUUGCCCUUGCCCCACCUCCCUCUGGUUACUUUUUUUUUUUUUUUGACCACAUUGGGUCUUAGUUGCUGCGUGCGGUCUAGUUGGCGGCGAGCAGGGGCUUCUCUUGUUGCGGAGCACAGGCUCCAGGCACGCAGGCUUCAGUAGUUGUGGUGCACAGGCUCAAUAGUUGUGGCUCUAGAGUGCAGGCUCAGUAGUUGUGGCGCACGGGCUUAGUUGCUCCGCGGCAUGUGGGAUCUUCCUGGACCAGGGCUCGAACCCGUGUCCCCUGCGUUGGCAGGUGGAUUCUUAACCACUGAGCCACCAGGGAAGUCCCUUUCUGGUUACUUGUUUUUUCUUCGCCUAUUCUGUUUGGGUGACCUCAUCCUUCCAUACUUCCUUUCAUUCUCCCCCAGGACAUUAGGGACUGAAGUGCUUUAUCUCUGGCAUCCAUUUAGUGGUGAUGCUAGCUAUCUAGGUCAAGUGGAGAGGUUUUCCCGCCACAGGUACUUUUUCCAUUAUUGCUGCUCUAGAGUACCCCCAAACUCUGCACGUCUGUCCACUGUUGCCACCAUUUCCACCUCAGCAUCUGAGGCUUGCACACAAACUUGAUUUCUCUGCUUCUACUAUCCUGGGGCCUUCAUGGGUACUCUAGACCUUGUUCACUGUAUCCCCCCACCCCCCACCAUUACACCUCCUGACUCCAGACAUUGCUGUCCCUUUCUUCACCACCACAGCUCCUGGAUCCCCUUGCUACCUAAUUUUCACAAGGUUUGAGAACAGCUUCUUCAUCAAGAACCCAUGUUUUCUGGUUGCAUUUCAGUUCCCCACACAUGCCAUUUCACUUCUCUAUCAUUUUUGUCUACCAUUAUAACACCAGGGCUCAGUGGGCAAGGGCUGGGUCACUGCACUGAGCCCCCUGCACCCAGCAGGCACAAAGGACAGGGUGGGACAAGGUUGCUUCCUCUUGUCUCUGCCUAGAACUAUUUACCAUCAGGCAUUCAACAAACAUUUGUUGACUGCUUACUGUGUGUCAGGCUCUAUUGUAGGUGUUGGAGAUAGCAAUAGAUAAAAAACAUCCGUGUCCUGGGGUGGGUUGUGUGUGUGUGUGCAUCCGCGUGUGCGCAUACUUAUGUUUUGCUAGGGCAAGACCUAGAAUAGACAAUAAACACAGUGAGUAAAUUGUAUGUUAGAAGUUGAUCAGUGCAGUUCAGAAGAUCUGUAGAGCCAGGUCUGGGGAAUGAUGGGGGGGUGCAGGUAGGCAGUUUUAAAUAGGGGAGUCAGGGAAGGCUUCAUGAAGAAGGUGACAUUGAAACAAGGACUUGGAAAAAGAUGAGGCAAGUGGAUAUCUGGGGAAAGAGCAUUCCAGGCAAAGGGAACAGCAAGUGCAAAGUCCCUGAGGCUGGACUGUGCCUGCUUCAUUCAGGAACAGCUAGGAUACUAGUACGACUGGAGCCGAGUGAGGCGGCUAACAGAUGAGGUCUGGGAAGUGAUGGACGCGAUCAUCUAUCCCGAGGUGGACUUUUGUCUUUGUGAAAUAUUUCCACUCCCGACAUGCUCCGGUAAAUCCUCGUUAAUAUGAACUGGUGUGACCAAGGGUACCAUAAGGGGAAGCCCAGAAGAGAUGGGGAAGUUGGCUUUGCACUGGGGUGCCGUGUAAAGAUGUUCCAGAUGGCCUGCCGGACGGAGUCUGCUGCCAUUUAAACUGGGCUUGGUGAUAGUGUAGGAGUUUUGCAGGCAGAGAGGGGUGAGGGAUUAGGUUGGUUUGUCAGUGCUUGACACACAACAGGCGCCCAAUAAAUAAAAUGAAAAACCGGAGAGCCCAGGAGGUGGGGCAGGGGGAACCACGGGCGGGGCUCCGGCGGGCCAGAAGAGGUAGUUGAGAGGUGGCAGUAAAACCCAAUUUAGGGUACAAAUCCUCGCGUGAGGCGGAAAAGAGCCCCCUUUCCAACCCAAAGUCCCAAGCAUGCGUAGUAAUGCACUCGCUCCUGUAAAGGUCCAUCUUUCCCUUCAGCCUAGGCUCCACCCCGUGAGCUUCGCUGAUGGAGAUGGGAGGGGUUAAAGGCGGGACGAAAUUAGAUUGAAAGACCUUUUGACCAAUCACCUUGCGAGGCAUUCGACCCAUGGUUGAGAACAAAAAGGAGGCCCCGCCCCCUCGACGGUGAAACCAAUGAAAACCUGGCAGAGGCGCGGCCGGGGCAGCGAAAUCACGCCUCUCCAGCCAGGCCACGCCCUUUAUUCUUGCUCUGCCUCACCCCAGGGAGCAAAUCCGAUUGGAUGGGCGACAAUCUCAAAGGGCGGGGCCGCAUACAUUCACAGUGGGAAUGAGCUCGCGUUUGGGGAGGAGCAGCUGGGCGGGGCUAGACUCUGUCCUAUCUAAGGUGGUAGAGGCCAGUGAUUCUCCAGGCCGCUUCUCCUAGAAAAGUCAUCUUCUCGCGAACCUUUAAAGUCCCUGCCUCCGGAGGCACCUCAAGGGACUAGGACUGACUGCCUUAUCUUUUUCCUCCUUCCCAAAGUCCCGUUUGCUAUCAUGGGGAUGUACCAAGUGAGACGGAGUAGGGGGACCGAGUGGUGACCGGCACGCUGGUCACUGUCUGCUGCCCACUUCAGCGUUAGCAAACUUCUAGCAAGAUCGGAACUGAGUACUAAACAACCUCUACACUUCCCCCCUGGCGCCAUUCCAGGGCAGCGCCACAUUCCCCAGUGGGCGCGCAAUGGCCGCGCCCCCUCCCGCUGCGGACGGGUCUUUUGGUACAUCCAGUCCGAGGUCGCCAUGGAUCGGAUGAAGAAGAUCAAACGGCAGCUGUCAAUGACACUCCGAGGGGGCCGAGGUGUAGAUAAGACCAAUGGUGCCCCUGAACAGAUAGGCCUGGAUGAGAGUGGCAGUGGCGGCGGCAGUGACCUUGGAGAGGGCCCCACGCGUGCUGCCCCUGGUGAACCUCGCUCUGGACGGGGCCCACUCAGCUCUGCACCAGAGAUUGUACACGAGGACUUGAAGAUGGGGUCUGACGGGGAAAGUGACCAGGCUUCAGCCACGUCCUCGGAUGAGGUGCAGUCACCAGUGAGGGUGCGCAUGCGCAACCAUCCCCCACGCAAGAUCUCCACUGAGGACAUCAACAAGCGCCUAUCACUACCAGCCGACAUCCGGCUGCCCGAGGGUUACCUUGAGAAGCUGACCCUCAAUAGCCCCAUCUUCGACAAGCCCCUCAGCCGCCGCCUCCGCCGUGUCAGCCUGUCUGAGAUUGGCUUUGGGAAACUGGAGACCUACAUCAAGCUGGACAAGCUGGGAGAGGGUACCUAUGCCACCGUGUACAAAGGCAAAAGCAAGCUCACAGACAACCUCGUGGCACUCAAGGAGAUCAGACUGGAACACGAAGAGGGGGCACCCUGCACCGCCAUCCGGGAAGUGUCCCUGCUCAAGGACCUCAAACACGCCAACAUCGUCACGCUACACGACAUUAUUCACACGGAGAAGUCCCUCACCCUUGUCUUUGAGUACCUGGACAAGGACCUGAAGCAGUACCUGGAUGACUGUGGGAACGUCAUCAACAUGCACAAUGUGAAACUGUUCCUGUUCCAGCUGCUCCGUGGCCUGGCCUACUGCCACCGGCAGAAGGUGCUACACCGAGACCUCAAGCCCCAGAACCUGCUCAUCAAUGAGAGAGGAGAGCUCAAGCUGGCCGACUUUGGCCUGGCCCGGGCCAAGUCAAUUCCAACGAAGACCUACUCCAAUGAGGUGGUAACACUGUGGUACCGGCCCCCCGACAUCCUGCUCGGGUCCACGGACUACUCCACUCAGAUUGACAUGUGGGGUGUGGGCUGCAUCUUCUAUGAGAUGGCCACAGGCCGGCCCCUCUUCCCGGGCUCCACGGUGGAGGAACAGCUGCACUUCAUCUUCCGCAUCUUGGGAACCCCAACUGAGGAGACAUGGCCGGGCAUCCUGUCCAAUGAAGAGUUCAAGACAUACAACUACCCCAAGUACCGAGCCGAGGCCCUUUUGAGCCAUGCACCCCGACUUGACAGCGACGGGGCUGACCUCCUCACCAAGCUGCUGCAGUUUGAAGGUCGCAAUCGGAUCUCCGCAGAAGAUGCCAUGAAACAUCCAUUCUUCCUCAGUCUGGGGGAACGGAUCCACAAACUUCCUGACACUACUUCCAUAUUUGCACUAAAGGAGAUCCAGCUACAAAAGGAGGCCAGCAUUCGGUCUUCGUCAAUGCCUGACUCAGGCAGGCCAGCUUUCCGAGUGGUGGACACCGAGUUCUAAGCCACAGACCGAGGCCCCAGCAGGCAGCAGCUGGAGGGAUGCCAUACCCCUCACAGGGCAGCCCCCAACUGCAUCAUCCUCCCUGCUUGCUGCCUGCCUACCUGCCUGACUCAUGCUCGCCUGCCCACAUGUCCCCUGCUGCCUGUCUGAACACCCGACCAUUGGCCUGUUGGCCCACCCAUUGGCCUGUCUGCUGGGUGCUAACAAAGUUCUCAUCGUUCCUUCGCCUGAUCUGUCUGUCUGUCUGUGUGUCUCUCUCUCUUUCUGUCUCGGUAGUUGCCGGCGGACAGCAUGGCCGUGCCAGCCUCCCACACUGAGGCCAGGCCUAUACCCCUCCCCAUCAUGCCCCACCCCCCGCAGGACCACUACCCCACGGCAAGCCAGGGGUCUGGAGCUAGCCCAGGCUGGGGAUCUCGACUCAGACAAGACACGGUGAUGCCUUGGGUCUGAGGCUCCCCUGUCUGCUUUCCUGCCUGCCCCACCUGCCUCAUGUUGUGUGGGCCUUUUUCUUUUUGUUUGUUUCAUUCAUUGUUGUUUUUUAAUUAUUUUAAAUGAGGUUUUCAUUUUUUAAAUGCAAUAUCUCUGUAUACAGGCUGGCUGGGCCCCACCCACUGUGUGGCCCUCCCACAGUAUUUUGUGCAAUGAAGCCCCGCUCCCAGCCUUUCCAUGGCAGGGACACAACCCCUAUUCAAAACCCUGACCAUCACCAGACCCUGGGGUCAGCUAAGGGAAAGCAUGCCUCGACCACUCGCCUUCCGACCCCCACCUGCCAUCCCCAGCUGCAGGGGGAUUUGGGGACUACUGGAGAUUCUCUGGGAGAUGGAUGAGGUGGGGGGCCCCCACUCUUUCCCUCCUGCAGUCCCAUAGCAGGGGCCUCCUUCUCAGGGUCUCCCUAGCCCAGCCCUCCUGCCCCCAUCCCACUCGGUGCUGUUGAGUAGGGCCCCUGCCAGGAACUGACCAACUCAGCGAGGAGCCAUAGUGUGUAUAUGUACACAGGCAGGGACAGAGGGGCACAUGGUGGGGGGGGGGUGUGCCCAGGCGUUACCCCCUAACCCCUGGGGAAGAUGAGGCAGGGCAGGGACAGUCUCUGGGGUCAGUCUCCAGAUGGGUGGUUACCUCCCCUUCACUCUAAACCCUGGGGCCCUCAAAUGGGGUGGGAGGGCAGGGGCCUUCCUAGGGCGGUUUGGGAGGGGUGGGUUCCUGAAUGCACCAUAAUCGCUGUAUGAAAUAUUAAAAAGUCUAAAGUGAAAAA